GACCCUUGUGCCAUAUACUUCAAUGUCUUUAAUUUGACUUUUGCCACAAAAUACUACCUUUCGAAAGUAGUUCACACAAAAUUUAGGAUAACUACUACGACAUGAAUAAACUAUAUGUACAUUCCACCACCGAUUUUCUGCACAUCAAACCGGUAGCAGUACGCCCCACGCUCUUCAUAUUCUACACCUUGGAAACGAUCCUAAACAUUAUCUGCAUUGGAUAUCACAUCACUGGAUUCCAGCCCCUCGAUUGGCGAGGCCAAGAGAUCCACUACAUCUGCCUGAUCGUCUUUUACGUCUUCAUAUUGGUGAACUUUUUCCAGAGCAUCGCCAUUUGCACGGGACGCAUGCCCAGUGUCCUGGUGGAGAUCUGGAAGGCCUCGGUGGCCGCGGUCGCCUUCAUCCUGAUAUCCUUGCUCACCAUGUGGGACGUGGAGCGGCAGUUCUCUGUGUUCUUCGUGCGACCACCCAGCGAGCAGGCCCAGGAUGAGCACAGGGAACUGCCUCCCGUUCACCCGACCUUCCGCUACAAGAAGGGUCAGGCCAUCUCCUCGUUGUCCUGCGGUCUGAUCUACAUGCUCCACGCCGUAAUCAUGUUCGACGUCAGGCUGACCUCCAAGCUUGUGGUCAAUGGAUCACAGCACUUGCCCAUUCCCCUCUUCGUCCUGGGUCGCGCUUUCCACAGGCAGAUGUCCAAGUACGAGUGGUUUACGGAGUUUUGUGGCAACAACACCAUUGAUCUCUAGUGGGAAGUCUUAAAUUUGCUGCUGAUUCUUCACAAAAACCAUAGUUCAAAUUGUACAAAUUCCAAAUACAUAUGUAUAUCUAUAUCUA